GUGAAUAUUCAAUAUUACAAUGACACUGGUGCAUUACAAAUAUGUGUAGUAAUAACUGUUUAAUACUUUGAUUUCAACAGACUACUCUUUCUGUUCCAAUCCUCAACGAUUUUUUGGGUUACAAACUUUUUCAUUGGAGUUAAGCUUUUGAAGCUGCAUUAGAAAUGAGAAUAGUGUACGAUAUAAGAUGGAAUGUAUCGCAAAUGACGCUGCUUGGAAUUAUAUUUCAAAUGAUGUCAUGUUCCGCAAAUAUAGGUUCAUUCUGGCAUGUAUCGGACUUUCAUUACGACCCAACAUAUGACAUGAACGCAACAGCAGAAUCGUGCCCAUCUUCACUCAAGAGAGUUAGGUUUGGCCGAUUUGGGGACUACCUUUGUGAUGCCCCAUGGGCUCUUGUCAAUGACUCUGUAUAUGCAAUGAAAUCAAUUGAACCAAAUCCUGAUUUCAUAAUUUGGACAGGAGAUGACACCCCACAUAUCUAUACAGGACCGACUCUGAAUACUAAAACUGUGAUAGACAUCAUCCUAAACGAAACUCAACUACUUCAAGACGUUUUUCCAAAUACCAUUGUGUAUGCAGCUCUAGGCAAUCACGACUACCAUCCUAAAAACCAACUCCCAGACUCAAACAAUACAAUUUACGACGCUGUUCUGGAAAAAUGGAAAAUCUGGAUGAAGAACCCUGAAUCUGAACAGACAUUUAGAAAGGGUGGAUACUAUACAGAAUCUAUGUACAAGAAUGGUUAUAGGGUAAUAGUUCUCAAUACAAAUCUCUACUACACCUCCAACAAUGCCAUUGAGAAUAAAGUCGACCCAGCAGAACAGUUCGCUUGGAUGGAGAAUGUUCUUGAAAAUUCCAAGAAACAGGGAGAAAAAGUCCAUAUUGUUGGCCAUAUUCCCGUUGGACUGUUCGAAAAGCAUGCGAAGAAGUAUUGGUUCAGACCAGAGUAUAACAGACGCAUGAAUGACAUUAUUGUGAAAUACUCGGACAUCAUCCUAGGGCAAUAUUUUGCUCAUCACCACACGGAUAGCUUUAGAUUAUUUUACAAUAAAGGUAAACCCUUGAGUACAGCAUAUUUGGCACCUGCUGUAACCCCGUGGGCAACAACACUUCCUGGUGUGGUAGGGUCCGCCGCCAACAACCCUGGAAUAAGACUCUUCAAGUACGACUCUACCAAUACAGAACCAACCGACAUUUGGCAGUACUAUCUCAACCUAACUGAAGCCAACACGUUGGAGAGGUCAGAGUGGAAGAUACUGUACAAGGCGAGAAAGGAUUACAAUCUGACUAGUCUAUUACCCGUGUCAUGGGACACACUGGUGGAAUCAUUCAAGACGACUGAUAGUGAAACAUUUCGCAAAUAUAUUGAUUUCAAUGGCGUCGGUUUUUCCAAGGACGAAUCUUGUGAGAAUCAAUGUAAACACAUUCAUAUCUGUGCUAUACGGAAUGUUGACUACAAUGCAUAUGAUAGAUGUAUAAAUUCUGCAAGCAUUGCUGGUAAACCCUUGAGUACAGCAUAUUUGGCACCUGCUGUAACCCCGUGGGCAACAACACUUCCUGGUGUGGUAGGGUCCGCCGCCAACAACCCUGGAAUAAGACUCUUCAAGUACGACUCUACCAAUACAGAACCAACCGACAUUUGGCAGUACUAUCUCAACCUAACUGAAGCCAACACGUUGGAGAGGUCAGAGUGGAAGAUACUGUACAAGGCGAGAAAGGAUUACAAUCUGACUAGUCUAUUACCCGUGUCAUGGGACACACUGGUGGAAUCAUUCAAGACGACUGAUAGUGAAACAUUUCGCAAAUAUAUUGAUUUCAAUGGCGUCGGUUUUUCCAAGGACGAAUCUUGUGAGAAUCAAUGUAAACACAUUCAUAUCUGUGCUAUACGGAAUGUUGACUACAAUGCAUAUGAUAGAUGUAUAAAUUCUGCAAGCAUUGCUGGUGUGUUUCAUUUCGUUUCGAUUUGGACUGUUGUCAUACCUGUGCUUUUUAGUUUGAUUUUUGUUAAAUAAUCAAAAGGAUUAGAAACUGGAAAAAGUACAACUGAAAACUUAUGUUUGUCCGUAUAUUUAUUCACAUUUCAGUAUAAGUGUCAUAAAUCAUAAAAUAUGUCCAGCAAUAAACAGAAUUUUUAGUUGUCUCAACCUUUGAGAUGGCCCUUUGUAAAGCUUAAAGGCCCCAUGUAAAGUUUAAACCACUUUGGCUUAUAUUGUAGUCUUACCCAAUGUUAUCAAAGUGUGAUAUGUGAACUUUUUUUUUUAAAUUUCAAAAAGUGGUUUUUGAUAGACUUUUUGUUCCAAAAUUUGUGAAUUUAUUUAAAACCAACUUUUAGAGGUCACUCAUAUCUUCUAAUUAGCCACAAUUCAUACCAAUGCAUAGCAUUCAUCCUCCAUGUUUUUGCCGAAAAAAAUAAGAAAAUCGGUUGAUAAACAAGCGAGAAAUGAACUUAUCAGUGCAUGAAAAUGGUUCUGAGAAAAAUGCAUU